UGAGGACAACCUUAAGGAAACAGCAGAGACUCUGAGAACACUGGAGGAAGAAAAACAAACACUUGAGGACAAAGUCUCGUACAUGGAGGCCUCGGCUCAAGUUGGUGGUGAGAAGGAACAGAGCUACCAGACCCACAUCAGUGAGCUGGAGGCUGCUGUUCAAGAGAAGACAGAGGCUGUGACAGCAGCAGAACAGCAGCUGUCACGGGCACAGGACAGCAUCAAACAGCUGCAGGAACAGCUCAGCGAAAAUGAAGAAUUGAUGACCAACAACAUCAGGAACAUCACAGAAAAGUACCAAACUCUGGAGACAGCCUUUGCCACAGCAAAUACCGAGCAUGACCAGAGAGAGCAGCAGCUUCAGACGGAACUCCAGAACACGAGAGCAGCGCUGAGCUCACGGGAGGAGGAGUGUCACACACUACAGACUAACAACCUCAGUCUUAUACAGCAGGUUAACACUGAGAAGGAGAGGAAAGACUCCGCUCGGCGUGAUUUGUCAAAGCUCCGGGAAGAGUUCAAGAAAACAGACGAGGAGAAAGAGUCCAAACUGGACGAGUUAACAACGGAAAUGGACACCUUACUGACAAAGGUCGAAGAGCUGAGGUCAGAGGUGGAGCAGUUGGAACGUACCAUUCAGGAGCAGGGGGAGGAAAAGUCGUCUCUUCAAGAGCAGCUGGAUAAGAAGAAGAAGAAGCUAGAGAACCUGCUUCACCUGAAUCAGGAGAUGUCGGAUAAGAUGAAGGAACAGAACAAGACGACGCUGGACAAACUCAGCAGCAUGGCGCAGGAGUUCGACAGGUACAAGGAGUCCUCCUUGAAGGAGCAGCAGGAGACGAUGCAGCAGCUCAAGACGAUCACCCAGGAGAAGGCUGUUGCUAGGCAACAGGUGAAGGAGCUGGAGAAGAUGCUGAAGGAGAAGGAGGCGGAGUUCACCCGGGCUCGGGAGGAGUUCAGCAAAAGGUUGAUCGAUGCUCACACAAGAACUGCCAAUGUGGAGAUGGAGUUACAGAGACAUAAGGAAGAGACCAGUGCUAAGAUGUCCAACUUGCAAGAAGAAUUGCAGAGGUACGUCAAAAGAUAG